AUGUCGAUCCAAACACCCCUUUGCUCCCUCUUGAAAAUCCAACAUCCAAUUAUGCUGGCCGGCAUGGCGCGCGCUUCGAGCGCCCCCCUCGCCGCAGCCGUCUCGAAUGCUGGCGGCCUCGGCACGGUCGGUGGACUGGGCUACACACCGCAGCAGCUAUCAGAGAUGCUCAAGGAGCUCAAAUCUCUCCUGAAAGACCCCUCACUGCCAUUUGGCGUCGAUCUCGCGCUUCCGCAGGUCGGAGGCGGUGCGCGCGCCACAAAUCACGACUAUACGCACGGUCAGCUGGACGAGCUGAUUGACGUGACGAUUUCGCACGGCGCAAAGCUCUUCGUUUCGGCCGUUGGCGUCCCACCCGAGAUAGUGAUCAAGCGCCUUCAUGACGCCGGCAUCUUGGUGAUGAACAUGGUUGGUGCGCCGAAGCAUGCCGAGAAGGCUUUCCAGCGUGGAGUGGAUAUUGUUUGUGCGCAGGGUGGUGAGGGUGGCGGUCAUACUGGAGAUGUCCCAUUUUCCGUCCUGAUCCCGGCUGUUGUUGAUGUCGCGCGGAAGUAUCGCAGCCCCUUGACCGGGCAGCCGGCGCUCGUCGUCGCUGCUGGUGGUGUUAAUGAUGGACGCAGUUUGGCUGCGUCGUUGGCCCUGGGUGCUGCUGGUGUUUGGGUUGGUACUCGGUUCGUUGCGUCCGAGGAGAGUGGCGCGAGUCGCAUGCAUAAGGAGGCUGUGGUUGGGGCGCAGUAUGGCGAGACUCGUCGGACACUUGUUGUUUCUGGUCGACCGCUGCGCAUGCUGCCGAAUGAUUAUGUGAAGGAGUGGGAGAGCCGACCGGCUGAUAUUGCAGCAUUGACUGGCAAAGGUGUUGUGCCUAUGAUGCAUGAUCUGGAGAACGAUAAGGAUAUCGACAUGCCUUUCCUAAUGGGUGAUGUAUCUGCCAUCGUAAAAGAGAUCAAGCCUGCUGGGGACAUUGUGAGGGAGAUGGUUCAACAGGCGGUGGAUGUGAUGAAGAUGAAUAACGCAUAUAUUGUUGGCAGCAGCCAGGGAAGCAAACUAUAG